AUGUCUCUCAGUCUCAUGUUACUCUAUAAAUAUAAUGCUUCACCAAUGGAAGAAAUGUCUCUCAGUCUCAUGUUAUUUUAUGAAUAUAAUGCUUCACCAAUGGAAGAAAUGUCUCUCAGUCUCAUGUUACUCUAUAAAUAUAAUGCUUCACCAAUGGAAGAAAUGUCUCUCAGUCUCAUGUUAUUCUAUGAAUAUAAUGCUUCACAAAGGAAGACACUGUCUCUCAGCCUCAUGUUAUUCUAUGAAUAUAAUGCUUCACCAAUGGAAGAAAUGUCUCUCAUUCUCAUGUUAUUUUAUGAAUAUAAUGCUUCACCAAUGGAAGAAAUGUCUCUCAUUCUCAUGUUACGCUAUAAAUAUAAUGCUUCACCAAUGGAAGAAAUGUCUCUCAGUCUCAUGUUAUUCUAUGAAUAUAAUGCUUUGCAAUAG